AUGGUAGAGGUAGAGGUACAUCAUGGGAGCUCCUGGGGCACAGUGUGUGAUGCUGACUUUGACCAGCAGGACGCAGAGGUUGUGUGCAGAGAACUGGGCUGUGGAGCUCUUAAAGAGCUGCGGGGGGCAGCUGCAUUUGGCCAGGGGGAGGGCCAGGUGUGGGCAGAGGAGAUUCAGUGUACAGGCAAUGAGUCUCAGAUUCAAUUCUGUCCCACAGCACCCUCACAGAAUCAAUCCUGCUCCCAUGGAAACGACGUGGGACUGUUUCUCAUUCUCAUACUUGACUCUUUCUCUCUGCUCUCUCUCUCAGGUAUUGAGGAUGUGAGGCUGGUGAAUGGUAGCAGCCGCUGUUCUGGGAUAGUGGAGGUUUACCAUCGAGGAGAGUGGGGGACAGUGUUCCGUGAAGGCAGAUUCGGGACUAUGAGAGAAGCUGGAGUGGUGUGUAGAGAGCUAGCCUGCGGAGAUGCUGCAGAUGCACCAGAACGUGAUCACACUGUACCAGGGUCUGAAAAAAUUUGGAUGGGUGUGGUGUACUGCCUGGGACCAGAAUCCACACUGAAAGAGUGCCUUUUAGGAGCAUGGCUUGAACGUUACACUCGCUAUGCAUGGGUUGCCGGAGUGGUCUGCUCAGGCAAUGUCAGGCUGGUGGGUGGGGCAGACCUGUGCUCUGGGAGAGUAGAGGUGCAUCAUGGGAGCUCCUGGGGCACAGUGUGUGAUGCUGACUUUGACCAGCAGGACGCAGAGGUUGUGUGCAGAGAACUGGGCUGUGGAGCUCUUAAAGAGCUGCGGGGUACAGCUGCAUUUGGCCAGGGGGAGGGCCAGGUGUGGGCAGAGGAGAUUCAGUGUACAGGCAAUGAAUCUCAGAUUUACUUCUGUCCCACAGCACCCUCACAAAAUCAGUCCUGCUCCCAUCGAAACAAUGUGGGGCUGGUGUGUUCUGGGUACACUGAGUCCAGGCUGGCUGACGGCCCUGACAGCUGUUCUGGUCGAGUGGAGCUGCAGUACCAGAGUAUCUGGGGGACAGUGUGUGAUGCAUGCUGGGAUAGGAGAGCCUCCAAUGUCCUCUGUCAGCAGAUGAAGUGUGGGACUGCAGUGGCAGUGCCAGGACAGUCCUGGUUUGGAGCGGGGAGUGGGCAAAUCAGGGCUGAUGUGUUUGAUUGCCAUGGGAACGAGACACGCCUCUCGCAGUGUGCCAUUUCCUCUUGGAGCCGAGCUAUGUUCUCACAUGAACAGGAUGCUGGAGUCAUCUGCUCUGGCUCUGCCCUCUCAGCUCUGGACGGGACGGUGCGGCUGGCUGGAGGGAAUGCAUGUGAGGGCCAGGUGGAGGUGUACUACCAGCAGACCUGGAUCAGAGUGGGGGGGUCCUGGAGCUUCAGCGAGGCCUCGGUGGCCUGCAGGCAGCUGGGCUGUGGCUCUGCAGUGCAGAUCUACAGUUCCUCUCCGUCUGGGACGGGGGACAGUGGGGAGUGCCUAAUGGGGUUUCAGUGUUCCGGGAGAGAGGCUCACCUGGGGAACUGCAGCGCUCCACACAAACUCUCCUGCAGCUCCAAGGAACAGGUGUCCAUCGUCUGUUCCAAUCACAGGUCUCUCAGGCUGGUGGGGGGAGGGGGGGAAUGUGCGGGACGUUUGGAGGUGUUCCACAACGGCUCCUGGGGGACGGUUUGUGAUGACUCCUGGGACCUGGAGGAUGCUCAGGUGGUGUGCAGGCAGCUCCAGUGUGGGACAGCCCUCAGUGCCCCGCUACCCUCCUUCUUUGGGCCAGGAAAUGGACCCAUCUGGCUGGAUGAGGUGGGCUGCAUGGGAAAUGAGACGUCCCUGUGGGACUGUCCCACAUCUGGAUGGGGACAUACUGACUGUGGACACAAUAAGGAUGUGGGGGUCGUGUGUUCAGAAUUCAAGGAGAUAAGGCUGACCAAAGGCUGUUCUGGGAAUUUGGAAGUUUUCUACAAUGGCACCUGGGGCAACGUGUGCUUCAAUCGAAUGACUGCAGACACAGCCACUCUCAUAUGUCAGGAGCUAAACUGUGGGAAGAGUGGAUUGCUUUCUCGUACAAGGCCAAGGCUGGAAUCAGUUCCAAACUGGCUGGAUCAUUUAAAAUGUCGCUCACAUGACUCCACUCUGUGGCAGUGCCCAUCAAGCCCUUGGGGUCAGAAUAGCUGCAGGAAAAAUGACGUGGCUUUGCUCACCUGCACAGGGGAAGAGCACAACAAAGUUCCAAGAAGCAAAUUGUCAUGCUCCUCUGCUACACAUCAGAGAGCUUGCACAAAUCACUGGCCCCUCCGGCUGAUGGGGGGUAAAGGCGAGUGCUCUGGGAGGCUGGAGGUGUUCCACGGGGGCUCCUGGCGGAUGGUGUGUGGAGACUCCUGGGAUAUGAUGGACGUCCAGGUGGUGUGCAGACAGCUGGGCUGUGGGUCAGCAAAGGAGGCCCAUGGUAAUGCUAUUUUUGGGCUGGGGAAUAGUUCCCUCUGGCUGACUGAAGUGAACUGCAGGGGCAGUGAGCUGCACCUGUGGGACUGCCCACACUCUGAGCACCAGCACAGCCGCUGCCCACCCCAGAACCAGGCUGGGGUCACCUGCACAGGUCAUUCAUCUGACUCCAGUUCCACUGCAGUGACCAAACGGCCAGAGCCCCCAUUAGAGGCUCCACCCAGCCUAUCUAUCCUAGAAGUGGCCUUCCUGGUGGUGGGGGUGCUGUUCCUCUUGCUGCUGGUGGUGCUGCGUGUUCUGCUGCUCCGGAACAGAGCACUGAGGAGAGCCCUGUCUCAACGGGACCACGCCCCUCUGCACGAAGCCAUCUACGAGGAGCUUGAGUGCAAACUGGCUGAAGGGGGAACCACCAGCGCCCCCUGGCGGGGGAGUCGCCUAUCUGAGGAUCCGCCCUCUGGGUAUGAAGACGUGGAGGAAGGUGAGGGACUCUCCCUCUCAGGGGACCUGGUGAUGGAGGACACACCAGAGAACUAUGAUGAUGUCAUCACUGCAGAUAAGCAUCCAGACAGUGUGACAGGGGAGCUGGUGGACGGAGAUGCACCAGAGCGCUAUGAUGAUGUCAUCACCAUGCAGCCAGGCCCAGAUGCUUUUCCAGGGUAUCAUGUGACAGACACAGAGGAGAAUUAUGAUGAUGCCGUGACUCUGGACUGGAUUCAAGUGGGGGAGAGCGUUCUGGCCCCCGAAGGCCCUCCAGCUCCCAGUGGGAUGGACUAUGAUGAUGUGGGGGAGGAGCCUCCUGAAUGAGGAGGAGCAUCUUGAGAUUGGCACUUCUAACUGAGGAAGAGUCCGCUCACUCAAGUUUGGACAGCAGAGCGUACAAGGACACAUUUAUGCUACACAGUGUCACAAGGAAUAUAUUUUAAUGUUAUAAAACCACAUCCUAGUAGAUCAGCCAUUCUUCAAUUAGUAAUUCACCUGGAAUUAUUGACAGUAGAUUCCUUAGCUUGUUCAUAAAUUAGACCAUUGUAAGUGCUGGUACUUGUAUAAAUUGGCUAAAACAGCUUGCAUUCAUUGACACAAUGAAUCAAUUAUUGCAGUACUACUCGUUUCAUGCUGCUUUCAUUUCUACCCAAACUGGUUCAAUAGACUGGAACUUUUCUCUUUCAGCAUUUAAAAAUCUGUUGCCAUUUUUUUUUAUUAACAAAAAACUUUUUAUACUAAAUAUUUUUAGAUAUUUGGAUCUUGGAGAAUUAUGCAGCUUUUGAUAGACAAUAUUUUAUAAAACUGAAAUA